AUGGCUAAACGCACAGAGUUCAGGUUUAAUAUUCUGCAGGAAAGCCUCAUCAAACUUGUCGAAGCUUGUAAUGACCAGUCGCACAAUAUGGACCGCUGGCUCAGUAAACUGGAAGCUUCCAACUGGCUGACUCACAUCAAGGAGAUACUAACUGCAGCUUGUCUAGCUGCUCAGUGUAUUGAUAGGGAAGGUGCAUCAGUGCUAGUCCAUGGGACUGAAGGAACUGAUUCAACGCUCCAGGUAACUUCUCUGGCACAGAUUAUCUUGGAUCCAAGAUGCAGGACCAUACGUGGCUUUGAAUCUCUUGUUGUGAGGGAGUGGCUACAGGCUGGUCACCCUUUCCAGCAGCGCUGUGCCCAAUCAGCCUAUUCAAAUAGCAAGCAGAAAUGGGAGGCCCCAGUGUUUCUCCUCUUUUUGGACUGUGUGUGGCAAAUCCUUCGUCAGUUCCCUUGCUCUUUUGAAUUCAACGAACAGUUCCUCAUUAUGCUCUUUGAACAUGCUUACGCUUCACAGUUUGGGACUUUCCUGGGAAACAACGAAAAUGAAAGGUCUAAACUGAAGCUGCUGCAAAAGACUAUGUCCCUGUGGUCCUGGGUGAACAGGUCUGAAGAGCUGAGCAAAUUCCAGAAUCCUCUUUUUGAGGCCAACAGCCUUGUCAUCUGGCCCUCCGUUGCCCCACAGAGCCUGCAGCUCUGGGAAGGUGUCUUUCUUCGGUGGAACAGGCCUUCCAAGUUCCUAGACGAAGCCCAUGAAGAAAUGAUCAGCAUUAUAAAAUACAACAAGGAACUUCAGGCAAAGGUUAAUGCAUUGAGGAGGCAGCUAGCAGAGAUGGAAACAGAUGAUAGGAUGCAGGAGAACCUGUGAGAUGGCAGGGCUUCCCUUUCCAGUCCCCUUUACGUUAAAGACUAAACAUGGAAAGUGCAUGUAUUGCAGAGCCCUCCGGGUACAGCUGACCCUCAGUCCUCCCACUGCUGAAACCUUCACUUCACACUACCUCCUUGCUUUUUGGGAGGGAUUUCUGUUUUGUUUACAGAAGACAUACACAACUGGGCA